CAACCCGUCGUCGCGCCUCCCCGACACAACUUGAGCAACUCGCUGCUGUGUCUCAUAUCUUUGUAUUUUAUACUAUAUAUCAAACAUAAUUGAAAACUGUAGCAAGUACGACAACUUUGCUAGCCUCUACUCCUUUAAAGCACCAACUUUGAGGGUCGUCCUACGUCAUGCGCGAAGUCCAUAUUUGUUUCCCUCUCCCCGCUUCACCCCUACCGUACCAGUAGGUCGUUAACCCGUGGAUGAACCAUGAGAAGCCAACCCAAGCCUAACACGAUAGGGCGUAGGUUUGUUCCUCUCCCCCGCUUCUCGCUAAACAAUAGACCGUUACCCCACUCCUACACAGUAGUACCCCGCUAGCUAAAAGAGAACGUGUGACUGAGCAAGCUAUAAAAAAUAGCUAUAAAAAAGAGGAAGAGCGUGGCGGUGAGGCGGCGACGACGGGGAGGGAGGAGGAGGCGCUGUCGGAGGCCUCGUCGAUCGGCGCGGCGUCGUCCGACAGCUCCUCCAUCGGCGAGAACUCCGCGUCCGACAAGGAGGGCAGCGACGGGAGGAGGAGGUGGUGGAAGGCAAGGCGCAAGGCCUCGGCAUGAUGCCCUGCUCCAGUCCUUGGACGAUGCCCUGCCCAUCAACUGGAACCGGACCGAUCCCCACCGAGAAGAAGGCCACGUCGUUGCACACCGUCAGGAUGGCGACGCCAACGCCGGCGCCACGGGACACCGACCCGCGCGCCUGCAGGAAGAGAGCGGCGGACAGCGCCGCCAGGCAGCCGGUCCUGCCGACCAUGCUGACGUACAGCAGCGGCUUCCGGCCGACGCGGUCGAUCAGCACGAUGGCCAGCGCAAUGAACGACGUCUUGAAGAACCCGACGGCCACCAUGGCGGCGAGGAGCUGGCGCUCGGUGGCGAUCCCAGUGUCCCGUGAUAUCCUGGAACCUGGCAGCUGGAACCGGACCGAUCCAUGAGCGACGACGAUUAUGGCCAGGGGCACAAGCGUCCAGUCAGGUACGCAGCCAUGGUUUUUCUUGAGGCAGAGAUGUCAUGGAAUGUGUUGAUCUCACCUAGCCAGCUGGACCGCAAGGGCCUCCUGCUCCGCGAGGCUAUCAUCGUAAGGCACUUUCGGUGAUGACACAAAAGCAUGGCACAUCUACUCUGGAGAACAGACCUAUUACAUAACCAUGCCCUUCAUAAGGCACUUUGUCUAUUAUUACAAUAGGAUUGCCCGGUUCAACAUGUUUCAGGUAGCUAGAAACUAGUGCAUGUUCUUCAUGAGGCCAACCAUCUUUUAUUAUAACAACAGCAAUAUUCAGGCAUUUCGGU